AUGGUCCCCUUUCACCCCAACAUUGGGAGGGGUCAUAUCUCAGGCUUCGAAAUCGUCAAGGUGGUGUGGUCGCACCGCAUCAGCGUUCAGCGCGUCAAUCCGCGCCGCCGCGGAGAUGAUGAAAUCAACCUUUCGCAGUGGGCGCCAUUACCUGCUGCCGCCAAGUGUGUGCCACCAGUGCGUCUUGCAGCGGAACUCGUUCGCAACCACGACUAUAUUACUACCAAUCGAGACAUCAUCAUAGGUACACGCGAAGUUUUCGAGGAGGUGAUAUGCCCCCUGCGCAAGAUGAAGGCGGUGACUUCCACCCUGGUAAUCCAGCCCUUGCUUCGCUCGUCGACAGCCAAAGGUGACCGCAAAAAUGUUAGCGUACUCUUCACCCGGCGUCGGCGCAGGGUAACAGCUACAUCGGCUCGCGGUCGCGCGAGAUCAUUUAAAAGCCCGACGCGGUAG